CCUCAUCAGCAGUUAUGAUUUAUGAAUGAUCACAUUUGUAAGCAACAAGUUUAUACAGUACCCUGCAAACGAAGAAUCGUGCCGAAGAACACUUGAAAUUCAAUUCCGAAAUGUUUUGGAGGAAAAGAAAGACCACGAGGGCAUUCGGCGAGAAAUCGGAUAUAAUCGUGAACUAUCGUGAGUUUUCGAAACAACGGGAAAAAUCAAGAUGGCGUCCAACGAGGAGUUCGAUUUUUUAUCGGACGAGGAAAACUUUGAAAAUGAUUGGAAGUUUGAUGAAAAUGAUGAUAUUUCUACGUAUAUAAAUUCCAGUACUACCCCUCUUAGUGCUGACACUAACAAAGAGGUUGUAAAUUUGGGAAAAGCUAUGACAAUUGUCGCAGAAAAUAAUUCAAAUGAGCGAAAAGUAUCGCGUAUGGAUUUGAACACGACUAAGGCCGGAAUGGACGGUUUAGACAAGGACAAAAUCAAUCAAAUUAUCCUCGAAGCAAGCAAAGGAUCGAAAUUUUAUGAAAACGAAAAGAAAAGAGAAAAACAAGUUCAAAAACGAAUAGAAGAAUUGCAAAGGAAAAUGGCGUCGUUCACCAAUGAACAGAAAGUUAAAGCAAAACAAGCUGCGGAUAAAAUUGUCCAAGAGUUAGAGCAAGGACGAGAUUUGUCACGUACUAUUGUCCAUGUUGAUAUGGACGCGUAUUACGCAGCGGUUGAAAUGCGUGACGAUCCGAGUUUGAAGUCAAAACCAAUGGCAGUGGGGGGUAGUGCAAUGUUGUGUACUUCUAACUAUUUAGCACGGCGUUAUGGUGUCCGCGCUGGUAUGCCUGGGUUCAUUGCUAAGAAACUUUGCCCGAAUUUGACGAUAGUGCGCACAAAUUUUGACAAGUACACUAAAAUUAGUCAUGAAAUUCGAGAAGUGCUGGCCGAGUAUGAUCGGAAUUUCUUACCCAUGAGUCUCGAUGAAGCGUAUCUGGAUAUAACGGAUUAUUUGAGGGGCAAUGAAGGACAAAAUAAGAGAAUGGGUGAAGUUAAGGAGGAAGAAUCGAAAGAUAUUGAAGGGAAACAUGACACAGGGAAGAUUGCCGGGGUGAAAUUUGAAAGCACUGAUACACAAGAAAACGUUUGUGCUGAGACAAAAGAGAAUGACAAGACAAAAACCGAAAAUGCAAAAGAUGCAAAGUUUAUAGUGCGAGUUAAACAAGAAACAAAGUUAGUGGAAGUUAAACAAGAAACAAGCAAGAUUGAAGCAUUGCCCAAUCAUGAUUUUGAAGUUACAAAACAGGUGAAAGUAGAAAGGGCCUUUGAUGACGAUGUGACAAAAUACAAACAGAAUGAAAAGGAUUCUGAAGGAACACACAGGCCUAAUAGAACGGAAGCUCAAGAGACAAAAGGUGAUAUAGAACUAGAGCCAAUCCCAUUGAAAGCAGAGACUGCCAAACAUGAACUUGACGAAAAUUCUUUCAACCAACAAAAAGGUGAAGGCAUGAUCACGGUUGGGCAAUCUGAAGCUCAAGGGGAAAGUGAUUGGGAUUUUGGCCAUGGUUCGAGUGAAAAUGACACUAGCUUCCUACACGAAGAACCUGCAGUAGCCGAACAAGAGAUGUUUUACAACAAAGUUGAGGAGGUUGUAAAAGAAAUGCGAAGAAAAAUAGAAGUAAAAACACAACUUACCGCCAGUGCAGGGAUUGCACCAAACAUGUUUCUGGCAAAAGUUUGUUCGGACAAAAACAAACCUAAUGGUCAGUUUUACCUCAAACCCGAGAGAGACAAAAUCAUGGAUUUCGUUCGUGAGCUGCCGCUACGAAAAGCGUUCGGGAUUGGUCGGGUUAGCGAACAAAUCCUGACCUCCGUUUUAAAGGCCAACACCUGCUCCGAAUUAUAUGACCGACGACAUUUGAUGCAAUUGUUGUUCACCCCCAAUGCCUGCACGAACUAUUUAGAAAUCUCUUUAGGUCUUGGUUCAACUGUCGUCGACGUCGAUCGAGAAAGAAAGAGUAUGAGUACCGAGACAACUUUUAAAGAAAUAAACAAGCCCGAGGAACAUUUGGCAAAAUGCCACGAACUCUGCCAAGAGCUAUCCGAAAGUCUGAAGGCGCACCGUUUAACGGCACGGAAAAUCGGCAUCAAGCUGAAAACAAUUAACUUCGAAGUUAAAACAAGAGUGGUUACGGCAUCGUUUCCUGUUCAACAAACCGAGGAGCUAUUUUCUCACGCCAAGAAAUUACUUGUCAACGAGAUCCGAUCGUCUAGUCCAGAACCGUUGCGUUUAAGACUAAUGGGUGUCAGAGCAGCAGAAUUGUGCGAAAAGGGAAUGGUCAAUGAAAGUAAACAGCCGACUAUUAUAAGUUUAAUGAAGAAAAAUGGGAGUGUACGAGAACGUUCAAUAAGCCUGAAUGCAUCCCAGGCUGCAGAAUCAUCGAAAGCAUGUGGUCCUGAGCAGGAGGUUAGCCUGGAACAUGGGUCCAUGAGCAGGGAAGAUGAAGUUCGACAUUCAGAGAUUUGUAGCGAUUUGACGGUAUUAGAUGAUCACCCAAGCACGUCCAAAGAGUACACGAAUGACCACGUACCAUCCGACCAGCUCGGGUGCCAUAAUUUCCACGGGAACGCCAAGACGGAAAGAUCUUCCAACCAGGCCGUUUCCAGAGAGGAACCGACCACUUUCAAUUGUCCAGUUUGUGGAAGAGAUUUGACUUUCAGAUCUGGUAAUGCACUUCUGCAAAUGAACCGGCAUGUUGACACGUGUCUAAGCAAGCAAGCUGUCCCAGGUGUCUUAAAAUAUGAUUCUGGGCAACAAACUAAUAAAGCGAAGCAAUCAUCGAAGAAACGAAAAAGGGAAUCCUCUAAAAAUACUAAUAGAACAGUUAAACGGAAACCAAUGGAUCGCUUUGUUACAAAACACACGAAGUAGACAUGAACUAAUGAGGUUUUAUAUAUAAAUAUAUCGAAUUCUAUAGUAAUCCAAAAAUUAAUUAAUUUUGAAUUGUAUAUAUAUGGGGAAUGGAUAUUAAAUGUAAGUUGUUAUACAAUGCGUACUGUAAGUUGAUGGCUUGAAUCAACAGAUACAAGAUGACUGGUGAAUAGGCUGCAUGAUAAUAUCGUGCUGAUGCACUUCGGAUUCUUUUUUCUCCAAGGAAAUUUAAUCCCGUAUUUUCCUCAUUACACAUGCACAAGGAACGAACAAGCUUUGUUUUCUAAUCUCACUCAAUGUCUUGAGGAAGAUUAUACUUGGUUUUCUAAUCUCUCCUGCUAUAAUGAUAAACAGGAGGGAAUGCUAACGAAAAACCAAACCCUUCACUACAAACUCCAGUUCGAAAUGUUGAACUUUGCUCCAUUCUUUAAGGCCUGAUUCCACGAGGCGGAAUUUUUCGACCGAAACGAAAUUUCUCUUUGUCUUUUUACAAUUAGUUCUGCUCGAGAGCUCAUGAAACAAAGAGAAACUUCGAUUCGGUCGAAAAAUUUCGCCUAGUGGAAAACCGCCUUUAGGUAGUUGCUCUCCUCCGCAGAAGCUUUUUCCCUUACACCUUACAUGCAUGAAGUACGUGGCUGCAUCAUACACAAAAUCAUGCACAACCUUGCAUUAUUCAGGUUUAAGCGAUGACUUAGACGGCGGCCAACUGGGUUUACAAUGCACCCAUCUCUUUAGGCUACGGUGUGGAUCCAGAUUUUAAAAUAUCUAUCGCAUUUACAGUUCUCACGAGCUCUGCUUCGAGUUUUGAUAACGAUUCACUAAAACAUUUGUCCAUCUCCUCUGUUAUUUGGCAAUCAGCAUUUUU